UUAUUCAUUAAAACGCAUGAAAAAUACCAAACGUAAAAAAUAAAAAAAGACGUUGGAAGUAAAUGAAAAAUUAUUGUAUAUAGCAACAUAUAAUACGCAUUCAUAGUGAGUACACAAUAGUGGAACAGAAGAUUCAAACCGGAAGGAAAGACACUCAUUCUUCUUUAUAAACUCCUCUCUAUAUAUAAACACCCUCUUCCCCACCUCACAAGAAAAAGAAAAUACUCUCCUUUUCUCCUCUCUUCAUUCUUGAAUUCUCCUUCCACACUUGAUAAGUCCACCACCAUUACCAAACUCUCUAUUUUCUCUCUUAUUACUUAAUAAUGGCAGCAGACUCUUAUGAUCAAGAGAGCAGUUGUUCCUCCUCAAUAACAAUCCCAGACUCCAGCCAUAGUUGGAUGAGCCUUAACCUAAACUUAAACCUCAGCACUCUCAGCCUCAGUCGCCGCAGCAGCUUUUCGAGUUCUUCCAUUUCUUCACCUUCAACAAAACCCCACAAGGCGCAACAAGUCGGGUGGGAGGCGAUAAAGGGCCUCCGUAGACAGGUGGCCGGUGGCCGUGUUGGGCUCGAACAUUUCAAGAUACUUAAACGUGUAGGAGGGGGUGACUUAGGGAAUGUUUACUUAUGUCAAAUACGAAACCCUGCUGUGGCGGCGACACCUUGUUAUUAUGCCAUGAAGGUGGUUGAUAGGGAGGCGCUAGCUAUAAGGAAGAAACUAGUGAGGGCAGAUAUGGAAAAGGAGAUAUUAGGGAUGCUUGAUCAUCCUUUUUUGCCUACUUUGUAUGCUGAGUUUGAAGCUUCUCAUUACUCUUGUUUAGUCAUGGAGUUUUGCUCUGGUGGUGAUUUGUAUGCUCUUAGGCUUCGCCAGCCUAGUCGGAGGUUCCAUAUCUCUUCUGCUAAGUUUUAUGCUGCGGAAACACUUUUGGCCAUGGAGUAUCUACACAUGAUGGGAAUAAUAUAUAGGGAUCUAAAGCCAGAGAAUGUGUUAGUAAGAGAAGAUGGACACAUUAUGUUAUCGGACUUUGAUCUUUCACUCAAGUGUGACGUGGUCCCAAAGUUGCUUAAACAAAAGUUGCCAGCUUCAUCCAUUGAGAAUAAUAACAACAACACUUACGUUAGGUGUUCAACCCCUUCUUGUGUUACUCCUAUACAGCCUGUUCUCUCUUGUUUCUCUAAUAGCAAGAGGAGGAAGAAGACAUCUCCUAGUCACACCACCACGAUUCGAGCCAAGGCCAACGGUGAUCGCAUUAAUAGCGAUUCCGAUGAUGGUGAGGGUGAUGGUGAUGGUGAUGGUGAUGGUGAUGGUGGUAGUGAUGGUAAAGUAUUCUUUGACACGGAACUAGUGGCCGAGCCCAUCAAUGCUCGGUCCAAAUCCUUUGUUGGGACCCACGAGUACUUGGCUCCCGAGGUCAUUUCUGGGCUCGGACAUGGAAGUGCUGUCGAUUGGUGGACCUUUGGGGUAUUUCUUUAUGAGAUGUUAUAUGGAAGGACGCCUUUUAAGGGUGAAAAUAACGAGAAAACUUUAAUCAACAUUCUGAAGCAGCCUGUAACAUUUCCUAGGAUGAGCUUAGGUAGCGCGAAAGAGUAUGAAGAUAUGGCGAAAGUUCAAGACCUAAUUUGUAAGCUCCUAGUGAAGAAUCCGAAGAAGAGGAUUGGAAACCUUAAGGGUUCCAACGAGAUCAAAAGGCAUGACUUCUUUAAGGGUAUCAAUUGGGCAUUGAUUAGGUCAGUUAAGCCACCUAUGGUGCCUAAAGACCUUAACAAUAACAAGAUGAGGAAGAGUGCUAGUACCAAUUGUGCUAGUACUUAUCAAAGAGGUCUUAAUAUGCCAAAAGCACUAACCAAAAAAGAGAGGGAACAACCAUAUCAAAUCCCUCAUUCUCAUUUUGAUUAUUUUUAAGAUUAUAAUAUUUUUCGAAUUGUAAAUAAUUAGUUUGUAGCUCUAUAGGAUCUUAAUACAAGAUUAUUAAUUAGUGGUAGUGAAUUAGCUUGAUCACUACUAGCUAUUUUGUUAUCAUAAUGUAUUAUCCUUGAUCAGAGAUAGAAAAUUCCUUAAUCAAGUCUUUAACUUUUGUUAACUUAUUCAAUA